GAGCAACGGUUUAUAUUGGGGAGCGCGACAGCGGAGCGAGCCGGGUGCCUCUUCAGCGGGUCGGGACUCGGGUGACAGUUUAAGAAGAAAAAAAAAAAUAUUACAAAAAAAAAAAAAAAAGAAGAAGCAGAAACUGUUUGCGGGGGAAUAAAUCAACAUGCCUUCGAAUAAAGAUGACGGCGGCUGGAAGAAGUUUGUGUGGGACUCGGACAAGGGCGAGUUGCUCGGCCGGACCGGCGGCAGUUGGUUCAAAAUUCUGCUGUUCUACGUGAUUUUCUACGGAUGCCUGGCAGGGAUCUUCAUCGGCACCAUCCAGGCCUUGCUGCUCACCCUGAGUGACUACAAGCCCACCUGGCAAGACAGAGUUGCACCUCCUGGCCUUUCGCACACCCCGAGAUCUGAAAAAGCUGAGGUGUUCUUCAGCCUCACCGACAUGGAGACCUACCUGCCUUACACCAGAGCUUUGAGGGAUUUCCUCAACAAGUAUGACGACGAGAAGCAGAGGGACCAGAUGAAGUACGAGGAUUGCGGAGAGGAACCUACAGAGUACAAGAACCGGGGCGACUUGGAGAGCGAGGUGGGCAUCAGGAAGGCCUGUCGUUUCUCCCGUACCCUGCUGGGCCCCUGCUCCGGCAUUGAAGACCCCGACUUUGGCUUCAAGGAAGGCAAACCCUGCCUGAUUGUCAAGCUCAACAGGAUUGUCAACUUCCGUCCAAGGCCUCCCACCUCUAAUGAAAGUAUUCCUGAAGAGGCUCAACCCAAAGUGCAGCCCAAUGUGAUCCCUAUCUACUGCACCAACAAGAAAGAGGAGGACGCCGGUAAAAUCGGGGAGAUCAAGUACUACGGCAUCGGCGGCGGCUUCCCCCUGCAGUACUACCCGUACUACGGCAAGCUGCUGCACCCUCAGUACCUGCAGCCGCUGGUGGCGCUGCAGUUCACCAACCUGACCCAGAACACUGAACUGCGCAUCGAGUGCAAAGUGUACGGAGAGAACAUCGACUACAGCGAAAAGGACCGCUACCAGGGACGCUUUGACAUCAAGCUCCAGGUGAGCAGUUUAUGACGGACAUCAGGACCGUAGCAACCUUCCCGGACCGCCUCUUCCCCCUCCUCUGCCCCCUAAAUACCAAUCUGUUGUAGGAGAUGAUAGCGAGGGGGGGCAGGGCUGUAGCGGUUAAGUCAAUCACAACUAGUCUUGAACGAAUUAAUGAAAGAAAAAAAAAAAAACCUGUUAGGGGACCGAUGUGUAAUCUGUCUGCUUUCAUCACUAGCUUCUACACUUCUGUCUAGCCUUAGAGUGUAAUUUAGAGGAAAAGUAGCUAUAGGCCCAAUUAAAAAAAAAGAAGAAGAAAUAUUUAUUCUGCUGUAAAUGAGACUUUUCCACAAGCCAUGGGACAUUGUUCAUCGAUGACUAUAAAGUGUGCUUCCAUCUCCGACGUGUAGCGAGCCGUGUUCGUCCCCUCUGCAUAUCGCUGCCUUUGUGUGGUUUCAGUAGAUAGUUUUGGAGUGUGCAGUAGUCGCAAAAAUUCUGGUCCUUCCGAACCACGCUGUUCCUCAUUUUGUCGUAAGCUUCAGCAGUUCUACGCGAGUGUGUGUGUGUGUGUGUGUGCGUUUUCAGACUCGAGCGCACGCUUCCAUUUACUUAAUGAUUAAAAACUCUUCUGAUCUGUGUAAGGAAAAAGGCUGCACUCCAGGAAACGUCUUUCCUCUUUUAUUUGUCUUUUACAUCUGAUCAGACUCUUUUUUUUUUCGUUUUUGUCCUUUUUUGUUAAAUCACUUAAAUGUGUGAAGGGGUUUUAUUACUUGGUUUAAUGCCUUUUUCUUUUGAUUUUGCCUUGAAUGUAGACUUGUGUGUCCAGCCCGUUAGACACUUGAGCCUGCUGUAAGGAAGGGCGAUGGUGCUAACUCAAGUUUUUAAGAUUUUUUUUUUUUUUUUUUGCUGGAUUUAAUACAGCACUGUGGUGUAACUCUCUGAAUGUUUUAACCAUAUGAACAUGGUGGAAGAAUUUUAUAUUUAUGGAGCUGUACAUUUUGUUUCUUUGCAGAAUAUUGUAAUGUAUAAAUGCAAUACCAAAGUGACGAGUUGAAGAGAGUCUUUAUCAGAAGCAAUGCAGUACGUGUUUUUAGGGUGUCCUCAUGUUAAGUGCUAAAGUCAGUGUCUUGCCUUGCAACCUUUCAAUGGUUAACUCUUGAUUUGUGUUCUGGCCAUGAAUGUAGUUAGGUGUAGAAAGAACAGGUAACCGGCAGUUUGAUUCCAAAACAAACUGCUGUUCAUGCAUUUUAAGAAAAAAAAAAAAAUGUAAAAAAAAAAGUUAUUGCAGAGCUCCGUGGCUUUAGAAUGAUGUUGGCUUUAAUAUUCCAUAGGAUCUAAUGUUGUAAAACCCUCAACUUGAAGUUUAACAUCAGGCAACUUCUCAUCAGUUCACCCACCUUUGUCAUUUAAUCAGAGAUAGAAACGAAUAAAAUCAUAAUGGACCUUU